GAUUUCAAGUCAAGCGGCGCUAUUUUCUCAGGGAAUAAUUGCUUUUUAUUUAACUAUGAAAAGUCGAAGCAGUAGCGUGGAGUUAUUUCCCCGUCAGAGGUGCAAACAGUGCAAUGCCACCAAGUAGUGCUACAUUUUGUGUAAAGAACGGGAUCCGAACCCAGGUCUAAAAGCUCUGCUCAAGAACGUAAACAUGGAUACAAAAGACCGACAAAACAAGAUGGCGCGACUAGUCUUCAACAAAGGCAACCUGGGUCAGCUCAAGGACGGAUUCUGUUCGCUCAUCGAUCUCUUCACUGACGUCCUUGAACUUCCUUUUGAGCACGGCACGUGCUUCGCCCAUGACGAGAUCAUGGAACGGCUGGAGCGAAUUGACCAAACAAAAUGGCGGCCCAUCCGGAACAUGUUCAUCCUUGACCCCUUCUACGGCUACUGCAAGGGCAACUUCUCCGAGGACGAGAAGGUGUCCCCGGCCAAGGUCAUGCUGGACUUUGUCAACGUCUUCGACCAGCUGUCUUCUGACCUCAAGAGGAAGCUGGAGAACUACGAGAAAAUUAUUGGCACUUUGACCAAGCAAAAACAGGAAGUUGAAACCUCGCUGUCCAAGUGUGAGCGACAGCUGCGCGAGGAGCGGGCGUUUAACGCGGGGGACAGGACGGAGAUGAAGACAGCCCAGGCCUCUAUCUCGUACCUGGAGGGCGUGGUCAAGGAGAAAAACGAGAAGAUUGCUGAGCUCCAGAGGGAGAAAAACGUCCAGCUCUGGGAGCGGGAGAAGGAGAGGAUCUUCUCGGAGUCGGAGAAAAGAAUCCGCAGCCUAGAAGACGAUCUGCAGGAACAAAGACGGGUCAACUCCAGUUUGACCAGACGACUAACGCAAGUUGACGACAGUAACAGAAUGCUGAAACUCCGGCAAGAAAUGUGCAAGUCUCCCCUCUCUCCCGGUCCUGGUAACGUCAAGUCUAGCGAGGAGCUCAAGAGAGAGAUUUAUCUGCUAGAGAAGGAUGUGACGUUUCUAGAGGACCAGUUGUACAACCAACAGAGGACAAUCGCCACUGUCAUCUACGGCUUAAAGACAGAUCUGUUCAUCAUAAGCGACAACCUGACCGACGUCAGCAAGGGUCACGUGAUCGACAAGGACUUUGUCCAGGUCUGCGAACUGGUCUCCUUGGUGUACAACGCCCUCUUGGAAGGGGACUUAACCGAGGCGCAGAAAAAACUGCCGCCGCACUACUCUUAUCUUCCUUUGGAUUUUAAAAUUAAAAGAGUUCGACGAGUCUCAAGGUCAAAGACAUAUGUACGGGAUGACACAUUGGACAAUUUCCGAUCCACCACCCUGCCACCCCUGAGAGGACCUACGGACAGGACAUCGGUCAAGGACGGGAGAAACGAGGACAUGCUGGGCAGCAUCAGCGAGAGUCCUAUUGAAGAAAAUCCGUGUCUGGUGGAUCCUAUAGACAAACAGAUCAACACGACAGCCUGUAUGAGAUACUUCCCUCACAUGUCCAUGGAAUUUAUCAAAGACCACUGGCUGAGGUUCAAGGAGUUUGACGCUGACGGCAACGAGAGUCUAGACUUUACUGAGGUAGUGAAAGCUCUGACGUCAAUGGGGUUACAGUUUACAGCUCAGCAAGCUGAGGAGGCGAUGCGAGAGUCUGACCUUAAUAAAAGCAGAACGUUGGACUUCUAUGAAUAUCUCACAGUGGCAGACAAACUCUUCUCAAAGAAAGGUCGUUCGGAGCUAUUUCACACGGGGGCAGCCAAGAUGAACAGGAAGGUCAUCGCUAAGACAUGCGCAGUCAUGUAGCGCAGUCAUACAGCGCAGUUAUGUAACGCAAACAUGUAGCGCAGUCAUGAGCUCAGUCACGUAACAUAGUUACGUAACGCAGUCAUGUUAUGCAGUCAUGUGCGCAGUCGUGUAAAAUGAAUUAUGUAGCGCAGUGUCGUGACGUCAUGACGUCCUGUUUUGUAUAAUAAUGGCACACACAAAAUACGAAAUUUGUAAUUAGUGUAAUUAGUGUAAUCCCAAUAUGACGUGUCACUACAAGCAUUACAUAUGAUUUCGACUGACAAGAUGAUUUUGACAAGAGCUCGUUCGCAAGAUUUCACUGUCAAA